AUGGGAGCUAAUAUUGAUCUGGAUAAGGCUGAUAGUGGUUCUUCUGGAAAAAAGCAGAAGAAGAAAAGGUCAUUCUUUGGAUUGAGGAGUCGAGCGUCGAGCAAUGUCACAUCUGUCGAAACGGGCUCUCAUGCCGAUGGCGCCUCCACCGAAAAAAAGAAGACUGCUCAUGUCGCUGCAGAAGAGCUGGAGAAGACUGACUCGUAUGAUUCGACCAAAGGGGAACGGAAGUCGAGCUUAGGACUGUUUGGGAGGUAUUUAUAUAGCGAUAAUGAUGAGAAGAUAGAGGACAAGGGAAUUGAGUUAAGUAUCAAGAGUGAUAGCGAUGAUGACGGAACGGGAGGAAAUCUAGACAACCGAAAGUCUGCAGCUUUCACCAAUAACACCCUCAGGCUACCGCCAUUGCCGCUACGGCCAGCAGUCGACACCCAAUCUGAUGCGACACCGCAAGACAGUAAGGAACACGACCCCAAGCAGAGCGCUCGUAUCGAAAUUCCAGGUCAAACGGUCCAACAGGAAGACAACAUCGAGUCUACAGGACAACGAAUACGACGAAAGCCUAUUGGUUUAAGAGCUUCAAGCUAUCAUGAGCAACGAAAUCCUGAGUCAAAGCCAGACGCCAGUAAGCUGCCAGCAGAAAGCCUCAUAAAUCCGGCUGCGAGACUCGACGGGCCUGGGUGGGACACUUCCCCGUUUGGAGCAUGA